UGGCCCUAGUGGCACCAAAGAAUCUUUUAUUUGUGGUGUCCCUUGUGGUGCUGCUGAGAAAUUUGUUUGCGAUAACCUUUGUAAUAUCGUUUAUAGUAACUUUUAUAUUUCUAAGAAGUCUUUUGUUCACAGUAACCAUUGUGGUACUGAGAAAUUUUUCGUUAGCAGUGACUUUUAUGGUGCUGAGGAAUCUUUCAUUAAUGGUGACUUUCAUGAUGCUGAGAAAUCUUUCUGA